GGUUCUCUGCAUAGCUAGUGUGGAGAGGCAGGUUAGCGUUCCAAAUAUUAAUUUUGUACAACUAGUUAUGGCAAAGCAAAGUUCCAUUUUUAAUUUUUUUACAAAGUCGCCUCCAGCUGUCGCGAAAACAAAAUCUAAUCCGUCUCCCACCGAAGCAGAUUUACCUUCAGUUACUAAAUCCAGCAGUUCCCCGAAGGAGGAAGCUAAACAUGCAGCUCCCAGUAGUAGGAAAUCUGCGGAAAAAUCCACCAAGAUUCUGGCUAAAGUCGGUCAUGGCAAAAUCUUUGGACAAAGAGUUACGGAUGCAAAUCAAAGCUCUUCAUUUUCGCUAAAUGCGGGAGAUUUGGUAUGGGCAAAACUAGAAGGACACCCAUGGUGGCCCUGCAUGAUAGUGCCCCAUCCGAUGAAUGGCCAGCAGAUGAGGGGCCGAGGACAAGAUCAAAGAGUGCAUGUCCAUUUUUUUGAUGAACCGUCAUCAAGGGGUUGGGUCAGAAAGAAGUACAUUCAGGACUACAAAGGUUCGGAAAGCACUGAUGCAAAACCAGGUGGUUUGUUCUUCAGUGGCAAGCCUGAAAUUCGCAGGGCAAUGGCGUUGGCAGACCGUGUGCUGCAGGACAGUCCUGAACAGAGACUAAAGAUGCCUGUCUGUAUGGAUGCCUCUGAUGAGGAGGCAGAUUCCAGUGAAGUGAUGGAGGUUGAAAAAUCAACAGCCUCAGAUGAAGAAAUGUCAGAAGAAGAGGUUCAGAAGGUAAAGCCUAGCAGGCGUUUGUCACGUGCUGCAGCAGAACAUGCUCACAAACCCAAACGUCGGCGUAUCGUGGUGGCCUCUGACAGUGAGGACUCUGGUGAGGAGUUCAAGCCAGAUCAGGCAGAAACCAGCAGUGAGGAUGAAGAUGGUGUUGUCAGUGUUGAGGAGGAGAGUAUAGCGGAAGAGAGUGUAUCUGAACCUGAACCAGACAGUCCUGUGAAACCUGUAAAACGAAAACGUGCAUCAGAGAAAAGUGCUAAAGCAAAGAGUACACCUAUAGUUUCAGAGAUCAAUAAGAGGAAUCCUGUGAGUCUUGCAGUUAACACAAAGUCACGUCUGUCUGCUUUUUCUGCUCCAGAAAGCUUUGAGAGUCAGAGCAGUGCUGCAGGAAACUUUGAUGGGACUGGUGUGUGGGACCAUGAAAAAUUGGAUUGGUUGCAAGAUGGCAAAAGAAAGGAUGCUCGGAGGAGGCGUCAGUCAGAUGAGGACUAUGACCCAACCACUUUAUAUGUGCCUGAUGAUUUCCUCAACAAGGUUACACCUGGUAUGCGUCGAUGGUGGCAGCUCAAGUCAGAGAUGUUUGAUACUGUUAUUUUCUAUAAAGUAGGCAAGUUUUAUGAGCUCUACCACAUUGAUGCUGUGAUUGGUGUUAAUGAGUUGGGACUUACUUUUAUGAAAGGCACCUGGGCACAUUCUGGUUUCCCUGAGAUAGGAUUUGGUCGUUUCUCUGAUGUGCUUGUGCAAAAAGGUUACAAGGUGGCACGUGUAGAACAGACGGAGACCCCUGAAAUGAUGGAAGUACGAUGCAAGGCUAUGGCCCGCCCCACUAAAUUUGACCGUGUAGUUCGGCGAGAGGUUUGCAGAGUAAUUACUCGGGGUACCCAGACAUAUAGUGUACUUGAUGGUGCUCCAUCUGAGGCUGACAGCAAGUAUCUGCUUAGUGUGAAAGAAAAAAAUCUGGAAGAAAACGCGGGCCAGUGCCACAUAUAUGGAGUUUGCUUUGUUGACAGCUCAGUGGGUUCCUUUUAUGUAGGCCAGUUCCAGGAUGACCGUCACUGUUCUCGUCUUCGUACCUUACUAGCACAUUAUGUGCCAGCCCAAGUGCUAUUUGAAAAGGGUAACUUGUCAGCUGAGACACGAAAGAUCUUUAAAGCUGCUUUGUCCUCAGCAAUGCUUGAAAGUCUCAGUCCUGGCUCACAAUUCUGGGAUGCUCAAAAAACUCUGAAAACCUUGGCAGAUGAAGAUUACUUUAAAGAAAUUAAAGUAAAGAGCAGUGAUUCAUGUUCAUUUCUCCCUAGUGCUCUAAAAGCAAUGACUUCUGAUAGCGACUCGCUAGGCCUUACUCCUAAAGAAGGAUAUGAGCUGGCCCUUUCAGCACUUGGGGGAUGCAUAUUCUAUCUUAAAAAGUGUCUGGUUGAUCAUGAGCUUCUUUCCCUGGCUAAGUUUCAGCAAUAUGUUCCAGUGGAUGUGGAGAAACCACAGUCGGAGAAUGCAUCAAAUUUCUUUGCUCAAACUUGUCAACGCAUGGUGCUGGAUGGAGUGACACUGGCCAACCUUGAGAUUCUCCAGAAUAGUUCUACUGGAGGCACAGAAGGCACUCUGCUUGAACAGUUGGAUACCUGCUGUACUCCUUUUGGCAAAAGGCUGCUAAAGCAGUGGCUUUGUGGUCCCCUCUGUAACCCAGCCUCCAUUAAUGAUCGUUUGGAUGCACUUGAAGACCUAAUGGCUGCUCCAGCACAAGCUUCUGAGGUUACAGAACUCCUGAAAAAACUUCCAGAUCUUGAACGGUUACUCAGUAAAAUCCAUAGUAUGGGUACCCCCCUAAAAGGACAGGACCACCCUGACAGCAGAGCAGUCUUUUAUGAGGAGAUAGUCUAUAGCAAACGCAAGAUUGCUGACUUCCUUUCAGCACUGGAAGGGUUCAGAACCAUGCAGGAAAUAGUCACAAUCAUGGAGUCAGUCUCAGUGGAGUUCAAAUCUAAAUUGCUGCGACAAGUAGUUAUCUUAAAAACAAGAAGCAAUGAAGGCCAUUUUCCCGAUCUUAGACCAGAGCUUACCCGCUGGGACACAGCUUUUGACCAUGAAAAAGCACGAAAAACUGGUGUGAUUACGCCUAAGGCUGGCUUUGACCCAGAGUAUGAUCAGGCUUUGAGUGGCAUCAAAGAAUGUGAGGGAAAUCUGCAAGACUACUUGGUUCGACAGAAAAAGAGACUUGGCUGCAAGAAUCUGUCUUACUGGGGCACAGGACGAAACCGCUAUCAAAUGGAGGUUCCAGACAGUGUUUCUGAGAGAAGCAUACCAGAAGAAUUUGAGGUGAGGUCCACAAAGAAGGGCUGGAAGAGAUACUCAACAAAAGAGAUUGAACAAAUGUUCUCAGAGUUGCAGAGCUGGGAGGACAAAAGGGAUGGUGCACUGAAAGAUUGUAUGAGACGACUAUUUUACAACUUCGAUAAAAACUACAGAGAAUGGCAAACUGCUGUGGAGUGCAUGUCAGUUCUUGAUGUGCUGUUGAGUUUGUGCCGAUAUAGCCAGAGUGGAAAUGGGAUGAUGGUAAAACCAGAGAUUGUUCUACCAGGAGAUAGCCCCCAUUUUUCCCCUUUCCUUGAGCUCCGAGGAUCCAGGCAUCCCUGUGUCACCAAAACCUAUUUUGGUGAUGACUUCAUCCCCAAUGACAUCUUUAUUGGUUGUCAUGCAAAUGAUGAAAGUGACAGCGCAGAUGAGAAGAAGAUACUAGCACCAUGUUUACUUGUCACAGGACCAAACAUGGGUGGCAAGUCCACUCUGAUGAGGCAGUGUGGCCUGGUUGUGAUCUUGGCACAGUUGGGUUGCUAUGUGCCUGCCGAAAGUCUCCGCCUAACCCCUGUAGAUCGAGUGUUCACUCGUCUUGGUGCCUCAGAUCGUAUUAUGUCCGGAGAGAGUACUUUCUUCGUAGAGCUUAGUGAAACAGCCAGUAUCCUCCUGCAUGGGACCACACAUUCACUUGUUCUUCUUGAUGAACUGGGCAGGGGAACAGCCACAUAUGAUGGCACAGCAAUAGCAAGCUCAGUGGUAAAGGAACUGUCAAAUAGGAUCUGCUGCCGAACGCUGUUCUCCACUCACUACCAUUCCCUGGUAGAAGACUUUGCUCAGGACUGUUCUGUUAAACUUGGUCAUAUGGCCUGCAUGGUGGAGAAUGAGUGUGAUGAGGACCCUAGCCAGGAGACGAUCACUUUCCUGUACAAGUUCAUCAGUGGUGCUUGUCCAAAAAGCUAUGGGUUUAAUGCUGCCCGCCUUGCCAGUAUCCCUGAAGAGGUGAUCCAAUCUGGGCAUUGCAAAGCCCGUGAGUUUGAGAAGAAUACCGUAGCUCUGAGAAUCUUCAAAAAAGUGUGUUUGUUUGCUGAAGACCCUACAGCUGACCGUGAACACUUUGCCAGACUGGUUCAGAUGAUUGACAAUGUGUAAUAGGAAGGGAAAACAAACAUGUUCGUACUCUGUACAAGAUCAUUGUUCUUUAGUUGGAAAGUUAAAUAUUUUCACUUUUACUAACAUGAUCUAAUAAAGUUUAUUCUCACUAG